CGGCCGCCUCCAAGCGCCGCCCGCGGACGGGGCCAGCCCGCGGCGGGCCCGCGGCCAUGGCGCAGGGCCGCUGAGAGGGGGCGGCCGGCGCACGACGGGCCCGUGCCGCCCAUGGAGCACGGCGGCCCCAAGGACAGCGGCGGCGACCUGGACCUCGACGAGUGGGUCCCGAGGCUCUCGACGAGGCACGACAUCCUCCCCGAGCGCCUGCUUAAGCUCGCGUGCCAGAGGCUGAAGGACAUUCUCAUUGAGGAGAACAACGUGCAGCCGGUCCAGCUGCCAGUAGUGAUCUGCGGAGACAUUCAUGGCCAGUUCUUUGACCUGCUCGAGCUGUUCAGAAUCGGAGGCCACAUACCCGAGAAGAACUACAUCUUCAUGGGCGACUUCGUCGACCGAGGGUACAACAGCGUCGAGACGAUGGAGCUGUUGAUCCUCCUGAAGAUCAGGUACCCAGCCUGCAUCACCCUCCUGCGCGGCAACCACGAGUCGCGGCAGAUCACCCAGCGCUGCGGCCAGAGACUCGACCCCACGGGUCUGUCCUGGAUCGAUCACUGA